GGACUUCAAAAUUUUCGUGAUAAAAAUGGCGGCUGGACGAUGCCGUCGUGGUCUUCAGACAUGUGGUCGUGCACUGAAACCAUGUUAUUGAGCAACAUUCGUGGGAAAUGACAUGACACGUAUCUUCAGAUGACGGUAGAUUCUUGACCAAUUGUUUUAAGAUGAUUGGUCAACGGUGUGCUCUGACUACACUUGGUGGGUUCUUGCUGCUUGUUUUGACAGUAAACAUAUACUUUGUGAGGAUGAUCAUUGAGGACUCACCGCAAAAGUAUAACACCAAAAAAUUAGAAAACUCUGAACUCAGAGUGAUUGACAGACGAGGUAUCGCAGACACUAAGAUAAAGGUUAAUCAAGUCUCAAACACUGCCACCUCAUCACAUCGAGCAGAAGAGAGGAUAAGAGCAGAGAUGAAAAUAUUACCAACAAACUAUUUGAAACAGAAUUCCAGCCACGUCUUACUUCUUGAUCGAUUGUUAGCAGAGCUACAAAUUAUACCACAUGGACAGGAGGAUAUUUGGAGUAUUUCUUAUAGUAAUUGGCCAGAUGCUGAUCAGUUGAUUCCACGAGUAGCCCCAGAGCUUGGGACUAUUUUAGAUGUUCUAAGAAAAGCCAAAAUCACAAAAGCUGACAACGCAAUAUUGGGAACACAACUAAAAUUGAUGUUGACUCUGAACAACGAGAUCCAGGCACUGUUUAAGCCAAUGUGGUAUUCUAGAGAUACAGUAAUAAAAGGCCCGGUAUACCAUGGAAAAGAUAGGCAUAACGCAGAGAUUGUUGCUUUCCAUCUAUCUUCUCUACUGUCUCUUAGGCGGGUGCCUAUUUCGAUUAUACGAAAACUAAAACUUGGAGAAGAGAUAAAAAAAUACGCAACGCCAGAACUAUUGAAGACUUUGUACCAGGAAGGAAAUGACACAUGCUUAUAUGGAGUUUGUCACUAUUGUUCGCCUGCUGAUCCAAUUUGUGGUAUUGGAGAUGUAUUAGAAGGUGUACUGAUUCUUUGGCUGCCAAAAAACUUGCAUCUUUUCAAACAUCGUCAUCCUUGGCAGCGAACUUACAAACGAAACAAAGUUGCCUUGUGGGAAACCGAUGACAACUAUUGUGAUAAAGUAAAGGAAACGAAGUUCUACUCAACAUACAGAUCCAGCAGACUGCUGGAUUUGGUAGAUACAGCAAUAUUCGACUUUCUCAUGGAUAAUGGAGACCGUCAUCACUAUGAACUACUUCAAGCGAAUUUUCACAAUCCAGCAGUUUUGCUUAUCGACAAUGGGAAGAGUUUAGGAGAUCCAGAUGUGGACCAUUUUGACAUAUUAGCACCCCUUUACCAAUGCUGCAUCAUUCACAAGACGACAUGGGACAGACUCAAAUUGUUAAGUGGUGGAACCUUGAGCAAAUCUUUAGCGCAGCUCUUAGAUUAUGAAGCAAGAUUGGCUGGUGUAUCCCCUCUGAUAACAGAAGCACAUUUGAAAGCUAUGGAUAGGAGGCUUUUGGCCGUAUUUGCAGCAGUAGAGGUUUGUCUCAAGGAAAAUAAACAUUCUACAGAUGUGAUCUUAGAUCACAGGUAACUGCUAGCUCAUAAUUAGACCAAUGUGUGUCAUCGAUGUUGCGUUACUGUCACGCAGUAAAAUUCAAGACAGGUGAGGCCUACAUUAUGUAUUGCAAUAAUUGAAAACGACCCAACUUACUAUAUUAUCCCACACGUCGAAAAACUUUCAUGAUGUUCAUCAUCUGACAUUUCUGGGUGUCCUAUGUUUCGUUUGCGGUCUUCGGUUUUCAUUGUACCUCAAGCGGUAACGAAGUUAAUAUCUUAGCUAAGUUGGUGUGCUAUAAUUGCGAAAAUAAAAAAAUAAUAAUGGUCAUAUUUUUCGCAUCGUUGUUAGGUGGGAUAUGUGUGCAGAUUUAUAGGUGAAUGAAUAAUUAAAUUCUUGCUUAUCCAAUA